AUGUGGAACUGUGAGUGCCAGGAAUCUGGGGAUGGCUCCCGGCCAGCCCGUGCGAGGCCUCCCCUCCGUCUCCCGCACGCUUGUGGGCUCGCCCGCCGGGAGGAAGGCCUUCUGUGUCCCCGGGUGUGGAAGGACAUGGUGUUGGUGGCCCGGCAGCAGCGCGAAAGGCCGGCUGUCUUUAAGCAGCUGGAACUUGGCGGCUCGGCGCGGGUAGUGUGUCCUGGAUUUUCAAAAGCUGGAGGAAAGGAAAAAAAAAAAAAUCUGCCCAGCCUGUCAGGGCAUUGGAAAGGGGGAGAGGGCCCGCCACCUCAAGUGGGAACCAAACUGCCAGCCGCACAAACCACCUCCAGACUGCGGGAUGGCUGCCAGCCGGGCCGGCUCCCACGUCCACUGGCUGCCCGGCCGGCUCAGCCCCAUCUGCCCGGGCCUCCGCUGGCUCUGACAGCCCCUCUCUGGAAGGGCUGCUGGGACCAGCCCGUCAGCUGUUAA